CACACCACGGUCUAAGCAAAGCACUCUGCUAUCGUGCGCUUCGCUUUCACUCGCUCUCUCUCUCUUCUCUCUCUCUCUCUCUCUGCCAUGGCGAUCUCUCUGCAGCUAUGUCGUAUCCCCACGCGUACGGACCUCUUCUCGCCGGAUAGCCUCGUCGGAGUCGGAACGCUCCGGUGCCGGAAGCCUCUUUCCGUCAGAUGCUCCGGGGAUUCUUCCUCUCCGUCGUCUUCGGUGGCGGUGGACUCCGACUUUGACGCGAAGGUGUUCAGGAAGAACUUGACGAGGAGUAAGAACUACAAUCGGAAAGGGUUCGGUCACAAGGAGGAGACUCUCGAGCUCAUGAACCGCGAGUACACCAGUGACAUCAUAAAGACUUUGAAGGAGAAUGGGUAUGAGUAUAAAUGGGGGAAUGUUACCGUGAAACUGGCGGAAGCGUAUGGUUUUUGCUGGGGCGUUGAGCGGGCUGUCCAGAUUGCUUAUGAAGCGAGGAAACAGUUUCCAGAUGAGAAGAUUUGGAUCACCAAUGAAAUUAUUCACAACCCAACUGUUAAUAAGCGGUUAGAGGAGAUGGAAGUGCAGAAUAUUCCCAUUGAGGAAGGGAUGAAGCAAUUUGAUGUUGUUAAUAAGGGCGAUGUUGUUGUUUUGCCCGCUUUUGGAGCUGCAGUGGAUGAGAUGUUGGCGUUGAGCGACAAAAACGUACAAAUUGUUGAUACAACUUGCCCAUGGGUAUCUAAGGUCUGGAAUACUGUUGAGAAGCACAAGAAAGGAGAUUACACCUCCAUCAUUCAUGGAAAAUAUGCUCAUGAGGAAACUGUAGCAACUGCAUCUUUUGCAGGGAAGUAUAUCAUUGUCAAGAAUAUGGCGGAGGCAAUGUAUGUGUGUGACUACAUUCUUGGGGGUGAACUUAAUGGAUCUAGCUCAACCAGAGAGGAGUUUCUAGAGAAAUUUAAAUAUGCAGUUUCAAAGGGAUUCGAUCCAGAUAUUGACCUAGUAAAAGUUGGCAUUGCAAAUCAGACAACAAUGCUCAAGGGAGAAACAGAAGAGAUUGGUAAAUUAGCUGAAAAAACUAUGAUGCAGAAGUAUGGGGUGGAAAACGUUAAUGAGCACUUCAUAAGCUUCAAUACCAUUUGUGAUGCUACUCAAGAGCGUCAAGACGCAAUGUAUAAGCUGGUAGAUGAAAAGAUAGAUCUCAUGUUGGUGAUAGGUGGGUGGAACUCAAGCAACACAUCACACCUACAAGAGAUUGCAGAGGCCCGUGGAAUCCCCUCAUAUUGGAUCGACAGUGAGCAGAGAAUAGGUCCUGGAAACAGAAUCGCAUAUAAGCUGAAUCACGGGGAGUUGGUUGAGAAAGAAAACUGGCUACCAGAGGGUCCCAUCACACUUGGUGUAACAUCUGGUGCCUCUACUCCAGAUAAGGUUGUUGAGGAUGUGCUUAUCAAGGUGUUUGACAUCAAACGUGAAGAGGCCUUGCAACUGGUGUAAUUUUGGGUUAGGUCAACUAAAGAGAUGUAUAAUUGAAGAAUAUAUGUUAUACAGCCUUGCAAAUGUAACCUAGAACUUUAAUGUUGUACGAGUAAAGGUUAUGGUUAUUGUGGAUUUCUCAUUA